AUGCUUUCUCGUGAAACAAGAGCUCCGUUUUGUCGUGUGGUUGGCUACAUUUUUGGACUUGAAUAUGAAUAUGUAAAGAAACCUUUAUAUAUUGUGAGAUUGGAAUCGGAGUCAGAUUUCCAACUGCCUAUCGGUACACGUCUCCCUCUAAUCCACGAUGAAUCUGUAGAAUAUAUUGAUGAAGAGGAUUUGUUCAAGAUAUUUCAUGAUCCAGCAAAGACUGGUGACGUUUUUGAUGAUGAAGAAGAAGAAGAAGUAAAUGAUUGCCAGAGUACAACAACAAAGAAGAGAAGAAGGAUGAGUACUAAUGAACAAGAAAUCAUUAACUCAAAUCAUUAUGAUGGGAGCAGUCAAUUUUCAGAACCGAACCUUGGGGCACAAGGAUUAAUAGACGUUGUUCCCAAUCUAUUUCCGAGUCAAGCUUCAAUGAUGUACAACCAACAACAGCUCGAUCAACCGAACCAAAUGGGAUUUUUUCCCACUCUACCCCCAAGUCUAGCUCCAGUGACGCCAAUGAUGUACAACCAGCAGCUUGGUUUCAGGAGUAGUCAGGUUACAGAACCAAACCUUGGUACAGAAGUACCAACAAUGCUUGUAGGUCAGCACAAUCUUAGACAAUCUUUUGGUAUGCGCCAACAACCUUUUCUCAAUGCAGCAGCUCCAAUGGUGUACAAUCCGCCGCAUCAAUUUAUGAGACGUGAGAUCAAUCAGCCGAACAAUAUGGGAGUUUUUCCCAAUCCAUUUACAGUUCAAGCUCCAACGAUGUACAACCAGCGGUAUGGCAGUCAGAUUACAGAACCAAACCUUGGAGCACAAGUAUCAACAAUGUUUUUAGAUCAGAACAAUCCCAACCAGCCUUUUGGUAUGUGCCAACAACCUUCUCAAAGUGCAGCAGCUCCAGUGAUGUACAACCAGCAGCUGCAAUCCAUGAGACCUGUGACUAAUCAGCAAAACCAAAUGAGUUCUAUGAGGAUGUUCAGUGCUGGACAGUCUUCUUACUGUGGCAGAGGAAGCCAUGGUCUUGGGAGGGGAGGUCGAGACUAA